AUGACGGAUACCGUGAACCCUCCCCUCUCAUAUGAGGCAUCAGCCUCGACAACUCAUCCGCAUGUGGCAACCACGCUGCCCCAAGAGGUCAUUGCAUGCUUGAAGAAUUCACGAUUUCUUCAUCUGGCAACAUGUGACGGCCUGACCCCUCAUGUCUCUCUCAUGUCCUAUACCUACCUGCCCUCGACACCUUACGACCAGUACCCCACGAUUAUCAUGACCACAAAUCCCUCCUCUCGCAAGACCAACCAUCUUUUGACCAAUCCCCGAGUUUCCCUGCUUGUCCACGAUUGGGUGUCACACCGUCCGCCCACCCGUGCACCCAACCCCGGAGGUCAGCGCGACGGAUCCCCGCCUCCGGCUGCGACCCGUUCGUCCUUGGCCAGCCUUCUGUUGAAUCUAAACACAAGCGCAUUAUCAAGUAUCUCUACCACCAUCGCCGGUUCGGCUCGUGUCCUGGAACCUGGCUCUGAGGAGGAAGCUUGGUGCAAAGAGCAGCAUCUGGAGAACAACACUUUCGAGGAAGAAAUGGGACUCUUUGGCCAGCAGCAGCAACAACAACCCGGCCAACGGAGGCCCAGUAUCUCCAUCGACGGUGACGUCCGGGUGGUCACCGUCCGGGUACGUGAGGGUCGGAUUGCCGACUGGAAAGGAGGCGUACGGGACUGGCAGGUUGUCCUGGAAGGUGAAGGCCAACCUGCGCCGCUGACAUACCACAUCACCCAAAAAACAAAAACCACCACCACCACCAAAAUGCGUCUCGCCCACCUCCACAUCCCAGACAUAACAUCCUUCACACGAGUCUCCAACCUCCAACAAACCCUCACGACACGCCUCCUCGCCCACAAAAAGCUCAUUCCCAAAGAUACGCUCCCAAGCAUAAACCCCAUACAACCCCCGGACCCAACCAUCAUAACCUUCACCCCGAACCCCGUCUACACAACGGGCCGCCGUGACCUCCCUCCCUCCAACACAAGCCCCACAGCACACCUCUCACUACCCCCGGCGCUUGAGCCGAUCCGCUCACUCCUCACCUCCGCCAACGGCGCAGAGUACCAACCCACGCUCCGCGGCGGGCAGACGACCUACCAUGGCCCCGGGCAGAUGGUAGCGUAUACGAUCCUCGACUUGCGGCGAUUGGGGCUCACGCCGAGAUGCCAUAUCCGGGUACUGGAGAAUAGUGUUGUGGAUGUGUUGCGCGGGUAUGGGGUCCGGGGAUUAAUCACGGAGGAUCCGGGGGUGUGGGUGCCGCCGGUGAGUGGGGAGGGAGUGCCGAAGAAGGUCACGGCGGUGGGGGUGCAUCUGCGGCGGAAUAUUAGUAGUUAUGGGAUUGGAUUUAAUGUGACGGAGGAGCCGAUGUGGUGGUUUAAGCAGAUUGUGGCGUGCGGGCUUGAGGGGAGGGAGGCGACGAGUUUGGAAGCGCAGGGGGUGUCUGGGGUUGAGGUUGGGGAGGUUGCGGAGCGCUUUGUGAGGGCGUUUGUGGGGAGGGUGAAUCAGGAUUUUGCUUGUGGUGAAGGUGCGAAGGGGGAGAAGAUUGAGGGCGUGUAUAGGAUUACGGAGGAGGAUGUGCUUGGAGUGGAUUAG